AUGUCUUCGACCGACACUCCCGCGCAGUUUGUCGCUCCAGAGGGUGCAUAUACGUUUCUUGAAGAACAUAAGCCACAGCAUCUCACCGUCUCUGGGAGCAAUGCCGCCCAAUAUCCGACCCGAAUAUCGACCAUCACGAUUCGCUUCCAAGCCAAGACGACCUCUGCAACACCCGGGCUGACUGCUUUGCUCGGAGGAGGAGGAAAAGAUGCCAAAACGAAAGAAAAGGAACGCGACAAGGAGAAUUUGGGUACGAAUACUGCAGAGAACAAGGACCGUGAUCGCGACCGUGAGAGCGUGUCAAGUAGCGAUAACGGAGAAGACAAAGAUGCGACUGGAGACUUGAACGCGCCGUUGCAGGAUUCUGGAGCCGCGAAUACCAGUGCAGGCGCCGGAGAGGCUGGUGCCUCGAGUACAAGUGGUGGGCAGCAGCAACAGCAGCCGCAGUUUACACCGACGACUUUGUUUUCACCUGCAAUGAAUGGGGUGAAGAGACGGAGUACGAGUGCGCGCAAGAUGCAGAAUUUGCGCACGACGAGCUCCAGCUUUGUUACUCGAUUGCAGACAGUCGAGGGGCUGAGCAAGCUCAUCGGUCAUCAGAGUGGGGACGAGCCUCUGGCUCGUGUGAGCUUUUCCGCCUUUAUUACAUGUCAUGAUGUGAACAAGGCGACCGCAAGCCCAGAUCACAUCGACGUGAUCAUUGGUUUCGCCACUGGAGAUAUCGUCUGGUUCGAUACUAUCACAUCGCGUUAUGCGCGCAUAAACAAACAGUCCACCACUUCCACCAUACCCAACACAACUCACAUCGCAUGUACGGCCAUUAGAUGGGUACCGUCGUCAACCAACCUAUUUCUUGCGAGCUACGCCGACGGAACAAUGGUCGUCUAUGAUCGAGACCGAGAGGAUGGCGCAUUCACACCACGAGAGCCACACGGUCCCGAAGUCCUUCCGUCACCAUUGCCUUCACCUAGUAAUGGUGGUCAGAAACCGAAUGGCCAUGGCGCGCUGGGGUUACAAGAGCCCACUCAGCCUGUACAGACGGAUUGGGAUCCGUUGCACGACAUAUUUGUUACGCCUAAUCCAUUGGGUGUAGGUGGAAGUGAAAAGGCGUUGCGAAAUCCCGUGAGCCAUUGGAGAGUGUCAAAAAAGAAAAUACUGGAUUUUGCAUUUUCACCUGAUGUGAGAUAUGUCGCCGUUGUUGGGGAGGAUGGAUGUCUAAGAGUCAUCGACGCCUUGACAGAACAUCUGUUGGACACUUAUUCUUCAUACUUUGGGUCUCUGACUACAGUGACCUGGUCUCCUGACGGGCGCUUCAUCCUGACUGGUGGACAAGACGAUCUCAUUACGAUUGUGUCGCCUUCGGAGCAGCGAGUCAUUGCGAGGUGUCAAGGUCACUCGUCCUUUGUGGCCAAUGUUUCAUUUGAUCUCUCCCAAUGUGAUGGACGAACUUAUCGGUUUGGCAGCGUCGGAGAGGAUAAUCGACUGCUUUUGUGGGACUUUUCGUCUGGAGCCCUUCAUCGUCCAAAACUCAAUGCCGCCUUCCACUUGAAUCGGGCGUCGGUAGCGUCGACAAUCUCCUUGGCCCUACGACGGCGAACAGAGGUAUCGACACUCAACCUUCCUGUGGAUGGUGUACCGAAUACGACAUACCAUCCAGCCCCGUCGAGAAACGACGUGAGCGUGCUCCAGCCUAUCCAGUCUACCUCCAUCGAAGGAGACCUCCUUACGCGGGUCGAGUUUACUCCAACUGCCGUUAUAACUAGCACACGCGGUGGAUUGCUUCGGGUGUGGUCGCGUCCGUCCAGAGGCCACGGACGAGAUGCAACUAUUACAAAUUGA